GCCGCUCCUGUUCCAGCCUGUGUGUCGCCAAACCGCAGCGAGAUAGCCUCGCCAGCACCGCUGCUGCCCGUGCCCACGCUGAGCAAGACGGAUCCGCCGUUGCCGCAAGUCGCCCGCCGAGCCCAGCCCGUCCGGCCGUGCUGUUUGCGCCCACGCCGCCAUCCGGAGUGUGCAUCAGCACAUUGCCGCUCGUGA